GCGUCUGGCCGUUGUUGUGUUUGUGAGUCAGUAACCUCUUUGUGAAAACUUUCAGCCGGCUGAAUGGAGCGGUACUCGGACGCGGAGAAGGACGAGCAGCAGAAGCCGCUGCUCCACCGAGAACACGAAGACAAAGUCCUGAAAGCCCCAGUGUGCUGUUCCUCACGUUACAGCCUUGCGCUGCUCUCCAGCUAUGCCUUCUUCGUGGCCUACUCUUUGAGGGUGAACCUUAGCGUGGCCAUGGUGGACAUGCUCAACAGCACCCAUCAGUCCAGCGACAACCACAGCGGCACAGUGUGCCCCGCUCACGGCAACCCUCCACAGCCCAAACACAACCGCACGGCCAGUGUGUACAACUGGGACUCUGAGACCCAGGGCUGGAUCCUGGGCUCCUUUUUCUACGGCUACAUCCUGACACAGAUACCUGGAGGAUACCUGGCUGGCCGCUUUGGACCCAAAUGGCUGCUGGGCUUUGGAAUUCUGGGAACUAUAGUUUUUACACUACUUACCCCUGUGGCGGCUGAUCUGGGUGCAAGCUAUCUCAUUGCUGUGAGAGUUCUGGAGGGGAUUGGGGAGGGUGUCACAUUUCCUGCAAUGUACACCAUGUGGGCGGCGUGGGCCCCACCGCUGGAGAGGAGCCGACUGCUCACCAUUACAUAUAUUGGAGCUCAGAUGGGGACAGUCAUAGCUCUGCCUUUGUCUGGUGAAAUCUGCUUCUACCUGGACUGGCCUUAUGUCUUCUACUUAUUUGGUGCCGUUGGUUUGGUGUGGUUCAUCUUGUGGGCUUUUCUCGUCUUUGACAGUCCAAACACUCAUCCACGGAUAUCAGAGCAGGAGAGACUCUACAUCACUAACUCACUCAAACAUGAGCUGUCCACGUCAGCAGGCAACAUUCCUUGGCGAGCCAUCGUUACAUCAAAGCCGUUGUGGGCCAUCGUUGUGGCUCACUUCUCCUACAACUGGACCUUCUACACACUCCUCACCCUGCUUCCAACCUACAUGAAUGACAUACUGGGAUUCAGCAUACAGCAGAAUGGAUUUCUGUCAGCUUUGCCAUACGUGGGCUGUGCUCUGUUGGCUGUGCUGAGCGGCCAAGUUGCUGAUUAUCUGCGAGAAACUUGCCUUUACUCGACCGUCCUUGUUAGGAAGGGCUUCUCUCUCAUCGGUAUGAUUGGACCAGCAGCGUUCCUGGUGGCUGCAGGUUUUACUGGCUGUAAUUACAAAUUAGCUGUGACCUUCCUCACAAUCUCCUCGUCUCUGGGUGGAAUGUCAGCUUCUGGCUUCAACAUCAACCACCUCGACAUUGCUCCUUCGUAUGCUGGUAUUCUGCUGGGGAUUACGAACACGUUUGCUACUAUUCCUGGCAUGGUUGGACCAAUCAUAGCAAGAGCCCUCACCAAAAAUAACACCAUAGAAGAGUGGCAGACGGUCUUCUACAUCGCAGCUACCAUCAACCUGUUAGGAGCAAUAUUCUACUGUGUGUUUGGGCGAGGGAAGGUGCAGUCCUGGGCUGUUCACACGUUCUUUUCUCAUGGAGACUGAAGCAACAAAUAAAUGGCAAACUCGGAACAAACGUUAAGUUAACAUCAACCACCGACUCAUUUGAUGGGUAAUUUCAGAGACAUU